CGUAUGGCUCACACCCCUCCCUCUGGAGCCAGUGGGAUAUAACAGCCACUUUAUCCCGGUUUAUCACUUAACGUUCCACACAUACGCUCCACACCUAAACCAGUGAACUCAGCUGUAAAGAGGACCAGCAAAACUGAAGAAACUUCAAGAUGUGCUGCUCGGGGUUCCUGAAAAUAAUGAUGUUCGUCUUCAAUGGCGUCAUCUUUUUGGCAGGUGCUGCAAUCCUGGGUGUAGGGAUCUGGGUGACGGUAGACAGCAGCUCCAUGCUUGGUGUAUUAGCUCACAUUGAAGACGCACCCCCUGAGUUGGCUCAGCUGGCUAAUGUGGGCUACCUGCUGAUCGCAGUGGGGUCCAUUCUCGCUGUUAUGGGCUUCCUGGGCUGCUGCGGAGCCAUAACUGAGAACAAGUGCAUGCUUCUGACAUUCUUCAUCAUCGUGCUUCUCAUCUUCAUUGCUGAGGUUGCUGGGGCCAUUGUAGUUCUGGUGUUUAAGCCCUUGGCGGCGGACAUUUUGGACAAUUUGAAUGAGAAGUUUGUAGCAGCCAUCCAGAAAGAGUAUGGACAAAAUAAAGACUUUAGCAGUGUCCUGAAUAGCACCAUGACACAGCUGAAAUGCUGUGGAUACAACAACUACACUGACUUCACAGGAUCUCCUUUUGUAACGUCCAACAAACUUUACCCAGAGGUUUGCUGCUCUGAAGAUACUCCAAAGUGUGAUUUGGCUGCAGCACAACAGUCAAAGGAUGUGGAUGGUUGUUUCAAAGCGCUGGUCGAACUGAUAGAAGAUAACGCUUCUUUGCUUGGAGGUGUGGCCCUCAGCAUUGCUGCUUUAGAGAUUGCUGCAAUGGUGGUGUCCAUGGUCCUGUACAAUAAAAUUGGGAAAUGAUUACCAGAGCUAAAGCUAUAGCACUGACGCAUGCACUUCUUCACCGCAGACUGAUUGCUGUCUUACAGCUGCUUAUUGACACAAAUUCUCAUGAGCCAACCCUUCUGAAAAGUUACCAAUGGUUAAGGAUUUUGAUGGUUUCAUUAGUAGUAGAAGAAAAAAAUGAUUUUAUUGUAAAUAUGUCCAAUAACAUAGGCUAACUUCACCUGAGCUCGCUGAUUAGACUAAGGAUAAACAAGUGCUAGAAAGAAACGGUUAAUAUAAUCUUCCUUUUUUACGUAAGGUCUGUUGUUGCCUAUUAGCUUUAUUUAUUUGUAUGUUUAUAGGAUUAAUAUUGGAUGAUGUAAUAAUCAGAGCAAUGUCUCCCACACUCUUACACAGUCGUACUGUCAGAGACCAGUGAAGCUUUAAAUAUUUGCUUUAUGUUUACUCAGGCAAAAAUACAAAAGACUGUGUAACAUUGGUCACGAUACAUAUUUUAAGUUAAUGCUGUCUUGUAAAACCUUUAAUGCCUCAUCUACAGUUUGAACUGGUCCUGUUCUAUUGGCUAAAUUUAGCUUCUGUUAAUGGAAAUAAAUGACGUAAAGGUUUCUGCCAAUAGAACAAGACUGGAAACACAAUAAUAAUAAUAAAUAUUAUAUUUUCA